CAUGGCGAGAACUAAGUUGUGCAUUUGUUGCUCGCUGCUGCUAGUUAUCGCCAUCAUUGCGGUAAUCAUAUUCAUUACAAUUAGCAGUUUAAAAUGCCCGAAUGGCACUUUCCGCAACGCCGCCGUGGCCGCAGACGCAAUAAAAUGCUCAGAGAUUGGAAGGGACAUUCUUCAGAGAGGCGGCUCAGCGGUAGAUGGCGCUAUUGCUGCGCUUUUGUGCACGGGCAUCAUGAACCCACAGAGCGCUGGGAUCGGAGGGGGCUCUAUCUUCACGGUGAUGGACAGCUCUGGUAAUGUGAAGAUCAUCAACUCCAGGGAGACGGCACCGUCAAACAUGAACCCUGAUCGGCUGAAGUCCUGCCCCAGGUCGUCUAAAAUGUUAGCAGAUGGUAAUGGAAUAUGGAUUGGGGUCCCAGGGGAAAUUCGAGGCUACGAAAUGGCUCACAAACUUUAUGGAAAACUGCCGUGGGCCGACCUCUUUCAGCCGACCAUCAAGCUGGCCAGAGAGGGAUUCCCUAUUCCUCCAGUACAAGGUGGCGCCAUCAGCAACAUUGACAAAACCAAGAUGCCGUCCCUGUGGAAGGCAUUUUCAGAUAAAAAUGGAAAUCUCCUUAAGUCUGGAGACAUUAUCAAAUUUGAGAAACUGGCCGACACUUUGGAGAUGAUUGCAAACAACGGAUCAGACGCCUUCUACACUGGAAAGAUAGCAGAGGAUUUAGUCCGUGAUGUGCAGGAGGCAGGAGGAGUCCUGACACUGCUGGACUUGGCAUCAUAUAAGGCUACAGUAACUGAUGCGUGGGUUGUCCCUAUGGGAGAGUACCAGAUGUACAUCCCCCCACCCCCUUCAGGAGGAGCACUCCUCAGCCUCAUCCUCAACAUUAUGAAAGGGUAUCAGAUGAAGUCAUCACCUCAGUCUAUUGAUCAAAAGACCCAAUUUUAUCACCGCUAUGUUGAAGCUUUUAAAUUUACCAACGGACUAAAGAAGUACAUUGGAGAUCCAAACUUCAAAUCAGAAGAAAUCAAAAGAGCAAAGAAUAUAACAGAAGGUAGCUUUGCUGACCACAUACGGAGCCUGAUAAGCGACAACAGGACACACGAUCCCGAGUAUUAUAAUGUCCCCUCGUAUCUGGACAGCAUGGGUACCACACAUGUGUCUGUCCUGGCUAGAGAUGGAUCAGCCGUUGCCGUCACCAGCACCAUCAACUACAUAUUUGGCUCCGGGGUCUACUCUUCAAGCACUGGAAUCAUCCUAAACAAUGAGCUGAUCGACUUUUGUGGAAGGACCGAUAACAUCUCUCCUGGGGAGCAGCCCCCCUCCUCCAUUGCGCCCGCUGUGCUGAAGUCUGACUCAGAGAUACUAGUGACCGGAGCGAGUGGUGGGAGCAUAAUCACAACAGCGCUGGCCUCUGCCCUCAUCAACCACCUUUGGUUUGGAAAGAGCCUUAAAGAGGCAAUUGCUACUCCUCUUGUCUUUGUUGACUCUGAAAACUCAGUAGAGUUCGAACUCGACUUUGACAAGCAUGUAAUCGAGGCUAUUAAAGCAUUGGGGCACAGUCUGAAACAAGCCGACAGAUUAUAUAAUUCAACAGUUAAUGCUGUGGAGAAAAAGGGCGGAUGUGUCUGUGCUGUGUCUGAUGACAGGAAACAAGGAGAGGCAGCUGGUUAUUGACACAUCUAUGGCUGCAGAGGAUGUCCUGAAAAUGACCGAGAUCCUCCUGCAGCAGAAGGUGCCUGUUGUUCUCCCUGAACAAGACUCGGAAAAACAGGUUUCAUUUGCGGAGGCUUUGCAGUAACAUGACUUCCUGUGACUUUGAUGAGCUCACACAGACUGUAACAAGCUGUCACCAUGGAAAAAACAAGACUGUUUUUGUCACUUCUUUUGUGUUUAAAUGACCAAGUCUUGAAUAUUUUUGCCCUUUCUUGAAUGUUUUUUAAUGAAUUGAAAGUCAUAGUCAUCAUCCACAAAGUCUCUCAAGUAACUUGAUAUUUUUUACAUGUAAAUGGAGCUCAUGAAUACAUGACAGCCAAGUUUUGUGUAAAGACCUUAUUUUAAUAACCAUGCCUGCAAGCUGAAUUCUCUCAGUGUUUGAGCGUUCAAAAACAGACGAGAAUCUGACACCAGACAACAAAGGUGACACUCUAGGCUGGUUACCAGUAUUUGUUGUAUACAUUUCAUCUUGUUUUGUGAUUUGUUUGUUUUGUUUGUUUGCAUAUACCAUGAAACCAUGGCAUUUUUACUCAGGUUACCGUAUUGAAAACCGGUCCAUUCCUAGGGGAUGGUUGCUUUUCUUUAUUUUUAAACCCUCAAGAGCUUUGAGGAGCAAGGUUCAGCUGAGAAAAAAAGCAGCUAAAAGGCAGGCAGUAUUGUCACUAUAAUUUAGUGUUGUUGAAAUGAUGAUGAAUGAACUUACGAUUGAUAUAUAUGGAGAUCCAAUGCAAAAUCUGCAGGAUAUCAGAAUUUAAAUGCUAUUCAUGAUGAAGCUGUGGCACACACCACCGUCUAGUAAGGGAUGUCUGUUAAAACAAUUAAUUAAAUUCCCAUUUUGAAAGUUUU